AUGUACGCGGCGGCGGGCGGCGCGUCGCUCGCGGGCCGUAAGGCCCGGCAGCACGGCCGCCAGCCCGCGCCGCUGAGCCCGCGCGCGCGCAGUCCCGUCCACCCCGCGCCCACCGGCGUCCGCGCCUUCUCCUGCCAGCACUGGGAGUCACGCCUUCUCGCGCCCCCGCUACCUCCGCACUCCGCCCUACACUCCGAGCCACACUCACCAUGCGAUAUCGUCGAGUGCGCAGCAGGGCGCGCCGCGUGGCAGGAGGCGGCGGCCGUCUCGGUGGGCGGCGGUGUCGGCGGCGCGGGCGGCGCUGCUCGCCGCUGCUCGGUCCUCGGCGACCACCCCGGUGCCAGGCGCGACCCGCGCUCCAAGUGGCACCGCACCAACCGGGUUCGGGACGCUUCUUAUGGUUCUUCGUCAGAAUCAGAUGGGGAAGCGGAGGGCGCGAGUGGGGAGCCGUGGGGAGUUGCAAGACUGCUAUACGCCGGCCUAGCAACACUUGCUGUCGGCCUCGUCGUCUACUUUGUUGGCACCGGCGACAAGGGUUUCAAGACUCCUGCACUUCGACUGGUGGGUCCGUCGCUCAUCGUAGCCGGGCUCGCUUGUUGUCUGCUACGUAUUAUGUUUUGCAUAUUUGCGAAACCUUGUUGUCGACGACGGACCAACUACAAGGAGAACAGAAGACUGUCGGGUGGCGGGGAGGGCGAGGAAAUGCCGUUGGCUGCGGGUACGAGUGGGCCUCGAGCUGGCCCCGCACAGUGUUCGCCGGCGAGGCGGCUCGACGCCUCCUCGUGCGACGUGUCCAGCCUGUCCAGCGGCGAAGAAGACGAGCGCAUGCGUCGGUACCGCACCGCAACCGCUCAGCCGCAGGCCAUCAUCGUGCAACAGGCAAGUACGCAUUCACGAGCACUAAAACCGCUUGCGGUCAGUUCGGCGAAUGCGGUUUCUCCAACAGCUGUUCCAAGUACUUCGAAUCCUGGCGGGCGCCGCCCCCCACCACGGAACGUAUCCUUCGCCGGCGGUCCCGACGGCGAAAUCGUACUCAGCCCCGCGCAGCUGCGCUCCUAA